CCGUGCGAAGCCGCAUUAAGAGGGAAAAGUCGCCGCUCCCGCGUGCAACCAGUUUACCCGUCCGUCAAUUCUGGGAUGCCGUGCCGUCAGCACGGCCAUGUCCUACAACGCGCACAACAACAACAAACCGAUUGCGAAUCGCAGUAAUGUGAAUGCGCCGACAGAGCAGUGCGAGUGAUGGCGUAGCCGCCGCCCGUCGGUGGUGAGAGAUGAGCGAGCGUAAGUUUGCGCGCGGCCUGACCAAGCCGGGCACGGCGGCCCAGGUGCGGGAGUCCGUGUCGCUGGCGGUCAGGGAGAGCACGGUGCAGAACAAACCGCAACUGGUCGAUCCCCUGGACUUCGAGAACUUCCUGAUCAAGAACAAGACUGUGCUGCAGAAUGAUCCGCAACGCGAGCUACUGCUUUACCCCGCUGACGACAUCCAGCAAGUGGUGUUGCCGAAACAACUCAGAACCCUGUCGUCGCCGAACCCGUCGUCCGAUGAAACGGAACCGUGCAAUCUGUUCACGAAACAGUGCGUCAACACGUACUCCUCAAAUUGGCAUCUCGUGCACUACAAAUAUGGCGCGUAUUCCGGCACGUACGCCGACUUACCCAAGCUUCCCGCCGCGGAGAUCAAGGAGGAGAACUACGAGGUGGAUAUUGACACGGACGCGGCGGAUGAUGUCAAACCCCGCGUCGACACCAUCACGAAGGAAGGGUAUUUGAUGAAAGGUCCGGAGAUUGGGUCCGAACGCACGUUCGUUAAUAUCGGGUCUAAAAGUUUUAAACGGCGGUAUUGUUCGUUGAGGCAAGAGGUUGAUGGCACAUACAUUUUGGAGUUGUAUAAAGACGAACGAAAGGGCGAGGCAAAGGUUACCAUAGUCAUGGAUUUUUGCACGGAUGUAGUCAAAAAUUUGAAAAGAGGAAGAUAUUGCUUCGAGUUAAGAAUGACAGCCGGUCACAAGUCAUACCUUUUGGCCGCUGAAAGUGAAGGCGACUUAAAAGACUGGCUGACUAAAUUGAAUUCUGUCUUGCAACAGUACAAAAUACAAGAAGAAAAGAGGGCAGCCUCUUUAGAACGAGACAGGAACACACCUCCACCUUCGCCCCAAAUCCAACCGUUCGGCACCCUAAAAGGUUUAGAACAGAGCAUGAACCCCCAACUGAUGAAGUACGCCCGUGAAACGGAAGUGUCAAUCGCACAAUCUCGCAAGGACAAGCGUCAGAAGUUGUUCCUCCUCUACCCUCAACUUGCCCUGCAUUUGAAGUCCGCCAGCUCUAGUCACGACCAAAUUGAACCGUACAAAGAAGUGUUCGGUCACAGGGUCUUCAUAAAGUGCGAAAACAUUAAGUUCAAGUUGCAAGCGGUGGACGAACGCGACAAUUUAUGCCAAGUCGAGCCAUACUACACGACGUUGUGUUUGUUUGAUGCGCGUAGCGGCCGAAAACUGACCGAAAAUUUCCAUUUUGACGUUAAUAGCAACAGUAUUCGCAACACCUUCGCCUCUAUGAACGGCGAAAGUGCCUGUGGAGACUUGAAUUUGCCCCAAAAAUUACCAUCUGACUGGAUACUGUAUCGUAGACAAGCUGUGUUUAGCAUCACCAAUCCGCAUCCUGACAUUUUUCUCGUGGUUAAAAUCGAAAAGGUGCUCCAGGGUGGCAUUUGCCAGAGUUCCGAACCUUACGUGAAGGCGAACAGAGACCCCAAAAUCAGCCUUAAGGUGUACAAAAAUAUUGCAGCUUGUUGUCAGCGUCUCGGCAAGUAUCGAAUGCCCUUUGCGUGGACGGCACGUCCACUUUUCCGCCUUUAUAGCAACGAAUUGGACACCACUUCGGACUUUCACGCCCUGUACCGACAAGAAUCCAAUAAGUUGAGUGACGAGGAACUAUUGAAAUUGCUGGCUGAAUAUCGGAAGCCUGAUAAAUUUAGUAAAUUCACCACUAUACCCGGCAGUUUGGAAAUCAACGUGUCUGCAAUGAACGAGCUUCCAGCCAAUUGUCUUACCACAUCGUUACUGCCUCUGAAGCCUUUUCCUUUGCCACCGACGAACGAGCCGUCGAUUGAAGUGAUGGAAUUCGAGGGCAGUUCCGAAAAGGAAAUCCACCCUUAUUCCACCUUCAUCAAUCACCUUUACGUGUAUCCGCAAAGUCUUAAUUUCGAUACGCAGAAAACGUUUACGCGAGCGCGGAACAUAGCGUGCACCAUUGAACUACGACAUUCCGACAAUGAGGAGGCCAAAGGGUUACAAUGCAUUUACGGACGUCCCGAACAGCCGCCGUUGGUCAGCCAGGUGUCUUGCGCCGUCCUCCAUCACAAUACCGUGCCCACGUGGUACGAGGAGGUGAAGAUCAAACUGCCAACUCACAUUCUACCCUCGCAUCAUCUGUUAUUCACCUUCCACCACAUUUCCUGUGAUAUUACCAAGAAGCGGGAGAAUGGUAUAGAAAACUGCGUUGGUUACGCGUGGUUACCACUCUUGCACAAAGGAAAACUCAACGUUGAUACUCAAUGUAUACCUGUAGCUUCACAUUUACCGCCUGGAUAUUUAUCCAUCCACCCCUUCGGACUAGGACGCGGGAGUGCCGGACCGGAGAUAACGUGGGUGGACGGUCAAAAAUUGAUAUUCACCAUCAGUUUCAACUUAAUUUCAACAGUUAACACCAAGGAUCAGCAUUUAUUUAAUUUGUUUUCGCAUGCGGAACGGCUUUUGGACCCAAAACCCUCCGCAGUCCCGUCCGAAACUGAAACCUGCAAAAUAUUAAAAGCUUUACACGCUAUUCAAUUAACAACUCUAAUCACAUAUCUCCCCACUUUAUUUAACCAGUUGUUUACGCUGUUGGUGGCGACAAACAUAGAGGAAAUUGGUUUGAACAUUAUUAGAGUGCUCAUAAAUCUUGUCCACAUGAUUUACGAGGCCAACAGAAAGGAACUGCUGCAAAGUUACGUGAAAUACGUGUUUGUGCAACCUGAAUCUAGGAGAAACACCACAGUGCACGAAGAAAUGUGCAAAUAUUUACCGACGAUUUUGGAUCCCAAGAACACCGACUUUUUGGUGGUAAACAAGUUCAUGUACCACGCCGACUUUUUCUUCGAAAUAAUAUGCAAAGGAAUGGCACAGCAUUUGUUAUCAACGGGCAGGAUUAAAAUGCAUCGUCACGAAAGAUUCAGCAGCGACUAUCUGAGUAAAAUGGAAAACUUGAUGCAAGUACUCACCCCAUACCUACUUAAAAAGUACAAGGAAAAUCCGAUUGAAACGAAGGAAUUAAACAAGAGCUUGGCGACGUUUCUGAAAAAGUGCCUCUCUUUGAUUGAUAGAGGCUUCGUUUUUAAACUGAUCAACGAUUAUAUGGAUAAGUUCAACCCCGGCGACCCGCGUGUACUUCAGGAGUACAAGUUCGGCUUUUUGGAAAUCAUAUCUAGUCACGAACACUACGUUUCAUUCAACCUGCCGAUCCAAUACUCUAAGCUGAGCCCGCGCAAUCGAUCUCCAGACAAUAGCGAAGAACUAAUUCUGUCCAAGGAGUUUUGCAAGCACCAUUUCCUAGUUGGCAUACUGUUACAAGAGGUGAAAACGUCGCUGAACGAGGUCAUGCACAUCCGGCGUAUCGCUUUAAAUACUCUAAGAAACCUGAUAGCCAAACACGAGCUGGACGACCGUUACCAGCAUAAAGGUCAAAUGAACAGAAUCGCUUUGAUUUAUUUGCCCUGGUUGAAUAUCGUUUUGGAAAACCUGAACCGACUGGAUUCACUUGACAAAGCCGAGGAGGGUGCCGGUGACAGCGUGGUUAACCGCGUGUCGUCCAGCAGUUCGUUUUUGUUCGCCAAAAGUUCCAAUGCCAGCGAUUGCACACCUAAAAGUUUCAACCGAUUUACCUUGCACAUCGAUAAGGACAGUCCCAUGCACAUGAGGAACUCCGCCUACCUGGACGCGAUAGCCGGACAAUCUUUGAUCAACGGCAACUCGAGGAGCAUUGAUUCAGAUCUGUCGAUAUUGUCAGGCGAUGCACAAUCUACAGUGUCUCAAGACACCGCAGUGGUGAAAGAGGAUCUCAAAAACGGGGAAUUUAAAUCCCACACCAGAAGUACGUCACACGUGCAAAGGUACGACAAACUUCAGCCACAAGAAGUCAAAGAUGUGUUGCUGAUAUUCAUGUACGUCGUCAAAUAUUUAAGUGAGGAACAAUUGGUGAUGUGGUGGCAGCAGUACUCCGAAACGGAUGUCGUUAACUUUUUUACAAUCCUCGAAAUGUCCUUGUAUUGUUUCAAGUACUCGGGCAAGAGAAACGUGACUGUUGUUAAACCCAACCAGCCAGAACCGUGCAAGAACAACCCUAAAAAAGCGCACACACUUCCCGCAAGGAUGAAUCCUUCGGAAAUAAACCACGAGAACACCAGCACUCUUGUGAUACACACAACCAGAGAAAACCUUGUGAAUUCUGAAAACGAAGUGCACAAAAAACAGCAAGCGAUUUUAGAGCAAAAUUUGGCCUCGGAAGUGGGGAUGAUCACGUUGGAUUGCAUGGGGUUGUACUGCAUGAACUUCCGCAAGACGUUAAUGAACUCAGAUGGGGAGAACGAAGUGAUGAAAAAGAUAUUCGAUAUUUAUUUGUCGUUUAUUCAAAUUGGUCAGAGCGAAAGUUUGUUUAAACACGUAUUUGCAGCUUUGAGAGCUUUCAUAAACAACUACUCCAUGAUUUUGUUUAAAGGUAACGCCGUUCUGUGCGGCAGGCUUUGUUACGAACUUUUAAAGUGUUGCAACAGCAGAUUGGCGAGUAUCCGGCAGGAGUCCUGUGCCAUUUUAUACUUGUUGAUGAGAAGUAACUUCGAAUUCACGGGACGGAAAGCUUUGACUCGCGUGCACUUGCAAGUUAUCAUAUCAGUGUCACAAAUGCUGGGCAACAUUGUGGGCUUAAACAACGCCCGCUUUCAGGAAAGUUUGUCUUUAAUCAACAGUUACGCGGGCAGCGACAAAGCGAUGAAAGGAACGGGCUUCCCUGUGGAAGUAAAAGAUCUGACAAAACGAAUUAGAACCGUUCUAAUGGCGACGUUGCAAAUGCGCGAGCACCACCACGACCCCGAAAUGCUGGUGGACCUCCAACACAGCUUGGCCAACUCUUACGCCUCGACUCCGGAACUGAGACACACGUGGCUGGAAACGAUGACCAGAAACCACGUGCGAGAUGGCAACUUUUCUGAGGCAGCGUGUUGCCAGCUGCACAUUGCCGCCCUAAUGGCUGAGUACUUGAAACUAAAGAACAUACAGAACUGGGGAGCGGAGGCGUUCGAAAAAAUUUCCAGCAACAUUUCCGUAGACGAGAAAGGUUUGAAGCUGGAUUCGGGCGUGCAAGACAUUCAGUACACUGAAUUCAUUCUCUUAGAACAGCUGGAGUGCUGUGCCGAGUUUAUAGAUCGGGCUGAACGGUACGAGGUUCUCGGCGACUUGUACAAGUUGAUCAUUCCCAUUUACGAGAAGAAGCGGGACUACGAAAUGUUGAGGAAGUCGUACCAGAGGCUAGCGCAAAACUACGAAAAGGUUGUGGACACCAACAAAAGUGGUAAACGGCUUUUAGGUCGUUAUUACCGCGUUGCUUUCUUCGGGCAAGCCUUCUUUGAGGAGGAUAGUGGCGUUGAAUACGUCUACAAGGAACCGAAGGUUACACUACUGAGCGAAAUUACCGAACGUUUAAGUAAACAGUACUGCGACAAGUUUGGUUCGGAAUUUAUUAAAAUGAUUCAGGACUCGUCGCCGGUUGUACCAGAAAAUUUAGAUCCCAAAUACGGUUACAUUCAAGUCACACACGUGACCCCGUACUUUGAAAAGGCGGAUUUAGAAGACAGGCUCACGGAGUUUGAGCAGAACCAUGACAUUAAUUGUUUCAUGUUUGAAACCCCAUUUACUAAGGACGGUAAACCAAGAGGUAACCCGGAAGAACAGUGGAAACGUCGCACAAUUUUGACCACUGCAUAUUCGUUUCCGUACGUGAAGAAGAGAAUUCAGGUGAAAGGCAGACGAAUAAUCGAAUUAAGCCCGAUCGAAGUGGCGAUCGACGAGAUGCAAAUUCGUGUGGCGGAACUCGAAGAUGUCGUGUUCAAUGCGCAACCGGACGCGAAAAAGUUGCAGCUUCGCCUUCAGGGCAGCGUGUGCGUGCAGGUCAACGCGGGUCCGUUGGCCUACGCCAGCGUUUUUCUCGAACCCACCCUCUCUAAUAUGUACCCUGAGGACAAAGUCGAAGAACUCAAAGAUGUCUACAGGGAGUUUGUAAAAAUCUGUUACUCGGCCCUGCAAAUUAACGGCAGGUUAAUAACCUCCGACCAGCAAGAAUACCAGGAGGUUUUGAGACAGAAUUACAAGAAGCUGUGCUCGUCGCUUUCGACAUUGUUCGGGGAGUCAUUAUGGCCGCAUGACGAGACGGGCAGCUUCAAAAGGAACAGUACGGCACUGUUCAGUGCCAUAAGCGGCGCCUCGCAGAACUCUAGCACGGCGUAAAGGAGUUACGCAUAUGUUGAUUUGGUCGUUUUGUUUACUUUCGUAUUUUAACGUUGUUUUGUUUUUGUAUGUAAUUUAUAAAAGUAUCACUAGGGAAUUUCGAUUGUUGGUCGAUAAUUUCGUUUGUUCAGUUGAACUGAUUCAAUAAUUUCAAUUAACUGGUGAAUAAUUAUUGUCGUACUUGGUACGUGAUUUUGGUUAGUUUUAAAUGUUAUAAUUGUUGAUCAACAAUUGGAAUAAAAAUUAUGACGUAAGAUUAUUUAUUGAAAUGCAUGAUAUUUACAAAACUAAUUGACUUGAACCACUUGGAGAAACUGUUGACAAAAACAAUUAUAUCACUAUCAGUUUUUCUAUUGUGCGUUCAGGUCAUGAAUUAAAUUAAUAUUUAUUAUUCAAAAAUAAGUGUUUAGAUUAAUAUACUUAAAAAAUUUAAGCAAACCUCAAAUGUAUGCCUUUUAAUUUGACACUACUAAUAUUGUAUAAGAACGUUAGUCAUAAAAUUUUUAUACUUUUAUACUCUCUUCAAGACUGGCACGGCUCAAUUUUUACCUAGAUCACAUAUUUUUUCAAAACUAAGUAAUUCCGUCGUACCAUCAACCGAAAUCUCUAAUUUUAUAUGAAGAUAACAUCCAAAAAAACGUUCAUUGUUCCUUUAUCGAUUAUAGCUUCUGCGUAGCAUAUAAUAUUGGAUAGUUAACUAAUUUAGAUUAGAAUAUUUAUUAUGUACAUUAAAAAUUUGUUAUGUAUGUGUGUCGUAAUGGGCAUUUUCCAUUUAAAAAAAAAAUUGAGGAGGCACUAGGCUAAAGCUCAGGAACCAACCAUUUGACUGAAAAUGUCUUUGUAUCGAGUUUAUUUAAAUGCCUCGAAAAUUAGCCGGUAUUGAGAAUGUUUUUAUGUUGUGUGGGCUGUGAGACAAACAUAUAAAUUAAUUGAAUAAUUAGUCAUAGUAUUAAAUGUUGAUUUGUAUAAUUCCAUUAAAUUAUUUUUUCAGUUGCCAAAUAUAUGUGUAUUAUAUUUGUAAUAUUUCUAUGAGAAAAUCUUUCCACCUAAUUUACCUCAAUUAUAGUUCAUCAUUUUAUUUUUUUAUAAUUUUACUUAGUCCAUAACAUGGAAUUGAUGUAAUUAUUUUUCGUCUAUAUUUUCUUAGUUUUUAACUCGCAUCACAAGUCUUGUGCAAUUGUGUUUUAUUUUCAAUAAAUGUAUUGUAUUAUUUGCAA